AUGUCACAAGGGAAACAUACUUCCUUCGACUUUUUAGAGGACAAUUCACAAAUUCUAACGACUCAUAUUAGAAAACCUGUACGACCACAAAGUCAAAUCCAAAACUCUUCAUUAAAGCAGUUGAGCACUGACAUCCUCUCGGAGAUACGAAUGAAGAACGCCAAACACAAUCGCGUCAGACGAAAAACACUAGCCCUCGACGCAGACACUCCAGAACCCAAAAAAGACCAAAAUGCUAAGAAGAAAAAAGUCUUCAAACAAAAGUCUGAAAUAAGUGAAUGUGAAAUAUGUUCACCACGAACACUCAAAAAGACCAAAAAGGACGAUAAAAAAGAGAACACAGAGAGUCUGAUAUCAUCACAAACAGAACCACAAAGCCAUAAUGAAAGUGAACCAAGUUCUGAGAAUAAGGAAAUCACUAAAGAAGAGGUGAUCAAUACUUUAACUACAGAACUCGACACCCUUCAAAAUGAAGUCAAAAUUGCUCGAGAGAAGAGCGGGAAAAUGCUCGACUCACAACAACAAUGGAAAGCACUUUCUGACAUGAUCACUACACAACGCAAGUUAUCACAAGACAUGAGAGAAAACUUAAAGAACUUAACCAUACGAGACACCGGCUCGCGAGCUGAAGUUGAAGAGUCUGCCGAGUUCAUGGGAAACAUGUUUUCAAAGUCAUUUGAUGACUUCUCCGAGCAACUCCGAUCUGCCGAAGAGCUCUUUUUGUCCGUCAAAGAAUUUACAGAGCGAUCAAAUAACUACAAGAUGAUCCGAAAUGAGUUCGACAAAAUGGUGAACGCAUACACGACGACAGACACUAAAUUACAAAAGAUGAAUAAAGACAAACGUCCAGAUGUGAACAAAAUUGGGGUGUUACAACAACAGAAGGAUGACUUGUUUUCUUCUAUUGAGAGUGAAGGCGGUAAAGCGAUUGAUUUAUAUGUCGAUCUGUAUAAUAUGUUUCUCUCGACAGUACUGCACUCUUCUGUCGAAUACGGAGAUAAAGUCCAGCGCGAGACAGGGGCUUGGAAACGCAUGUUUAAGGACAAAGGUGAGAAAUUGAAUGUCUGGAAGAGUUUGAAUAUUGGAGAAGCGGUGAAAAACAAUAUCGAUGACUUCCCCCUGUGGAUGGACGACUACCCUGUCUUUGCAAACAUCUUUAAGUCGGAGAAGAUGAUUGUUGAGAAUUUAGGUCUUUGCAUUUCGAAAUACGCGAAGCCGAUUUUGUGUAGUCCAACCCUCGCGACGAGUGGCUUGAGUAUCAAAGACGUCGAUUUGAUAUUCUCUGAUAUAGAAACGAUGCACGUGUUACACACGACGUUACUGAACAAACUUAACACGGCGAAUGCAGAGACUUUUAUUGACGUGUUCUAUUUACAUCUUGGGGAGUUCUAUCAAGUCUUUAUGAGACGAUGUGCGAUCUAUAAGGAUUCGAUGAAUUGCUUGAACACUUCAAUGAAGAUCAAAACGUUCCACGAGGUCGUCGAAGCGAUUGGAAAUGCAAACCCGUUACUUCCCAAAUUGGAGGACUUGAUCAAUUUACCAUUCAUUCAAUUGUUACAACUCAAACAAUGCUUCUCUGACAUUUUAAAGCACUUUCCCGAACACCUUGAAAAGACUGAAAAGAUCCUUUUUGUGAUGGGAAUGUUAACUACAGCCACAGACCAAGCAGAAAAGGAGAAUGACGUCCAACUCCAGUUGUCGAAGAUAUCAGAUCUCUUGGAACAAGCAGUUUUGUUCAGUCCAAGGAGAAGAUAUCUUGACAGACAACAAUGUGUGUUAAACAAGACACAGGGGACACUUUUUAUAUUCUCCGAUUUACUUAUUUUCACUCGAUUGGAGAGAAAUCAAUACUACUUUGAAGAGGCGUUUGGGCUCGACAGUGUCGAGACGUUCAAAUUGAAGAAUAGAAGAGUGGUGUCUAUUAUUACGAGUGAAUAUGAGACGGAGUUCACGUUCAAAGAAAGCCUUUCUGCAGACAAAUUUGUGAAGCAUCUCACGACAAUCACUUUUUAUGCGUCACAGACUAAAGUGUUUGGCGCGGAGUUGGGUAAAUCGACUAUGGCAAGAGACGAAGAGUCUUUCUUGCUCCCACAAUUUGUUCACGCGAUGUUUGAUCGACUCUUUAUUGAUGCACCCAAGACUGAAGGGAUCUUUAGAGUCUCUGCGUCCGUUAGAGAGAUCGAAGAUAUCAUCAGGAAAGUCGAUAGAGGUGAGUCUCUUGAUGUCAAGAAGUGUACUACACACUUAGUUGGCAAUUUAUUGAAGAAGUUCAUCAACUCGGUACCGAACAAACUGCCCCAGUCAUUACAAACACAUGAUCCGAAGGACAUUAGUGGUAUUACUAGUAUUGUAGAUUCCUUUGAUUUGAAUACAAUGUGUUUGAUGGACAAAUUAUUUGGACUGAUGUCUGAAAUUUCUAAGAAGAGUGACGUGAAUAAGAUGAACCCGGAGAAUCUCUCGAAGGUGAUGAGUCCGAAUGUGUAUCCCUCGAUUGAUUUUGUUGGUCUUGAUGUUGAGAAGAUGACGCGAACGGUCAUAGUGAUGAUAUCCAAUUACGACGUUAUUUUCAAGAACGCGCAUCUCAAAGUCGAGAAGAAACUUUCUGAAGCGAAGAAAGAGGCGGACCACCUUCGAGAUGUUCAAAAGGAGAUGAAUUCUCAGACGGGGUUUAAUGCAGUUCCUGUGAGUAAAUUAGUCGAAGGGACAAUAGAUGACAAGAGUGUUGUGUUAACCUUGAAAGACAUUAUCAAACAAGGCGAUGCUGAUAUUCUGGAAGGGAAGAAAUGGAAUCGCCGUUGGGUAGUAUUGAAGAAGAAUUGUUUAAUGAUCUUCAAAUCAGCGGGAGAAGGACAGACGAUGGUGGUCAUUCAGUUAAAAGGAGCACAAAUAGGGAUAGAUACCAAGACCGAGAGAGAGUGUGUUGUUAUUAAAAAGGAGAAACAGAGCAUGACUAUACUCUUUGAGAAUCAGAAGGAGUGGAUCGAAGCACUUGUUAUGUAA